AUGGCCUCAGGAAGUCAAGAAAAUGUUUCAGGAUUCAUUCUCCAAGGGUUCCCUCAUACUCCUGAGCUUCACGUCUCUCUUUUUGUGCUACUGCUUGGAAUCUAUCUCAUCAUUUUUUUGGGAAAUCUCAUCAUAUUCUUAGUCAUUUCAUACAAUCCUCACUUACACACCCCCAUGUACAUAUUCUUGCAGAACCUUUCAAUCAUAGACAUUUGUUUCACCUCAAAUAUUUUACCUAAUUUGCUGCAUAUUCUUCUCACACAGCAAAAUAACAUUUCGUUCUUGGGGUGUAUGGCUCAAAUAUAUCUUUUUGUGUCUUUAGCUUGCAGUGAAUACUUUCUCCUGACGGCCAUGGCUUAUGAUCGUUAUGUUGCCAUCUGUGAUCCCCUUCAUUACAUUGCCCGAAUGAGCAGGAGACAUUGUGUUUGGCUUAUAACUGCCGCAUUCACUGCUGGUUUUACUGAACCAAUUGGCCUUGUUGUCCUUAUAUCUGAACUGUCAUAUUGUGCUUCUCAUAAUAUUGACCAUUUUUUCUGUGAUAUCAUACCAUUGCUAAAACUUUCCUGCAGCAACACUUUUAGUGUAGAACUUUUAAUUUACUUUGAAGGGACAUUGCUGGGUUUGAAUUCAUUCCUCCUUGUUCUGAUCUCAUACAUAUUUAUCAUCUCUGCUAUCCUGAAAAUCCAAUCCUCAGAGGGGAGACAAAAAGCCUUUUCUACCUGCGCUUCUCACCUGACCUGUGUCAUAAUCCUUUAUGGGACAGUAAUUUGCUUGUAUGUGAGACCCACCACAAGUUAUUCUUUAAAAAGGGACAAGUAUAUUUCAUUGCUGUACAUUCUCCUGGGCCCAGUACUAAAUCCUAUUAUUUACACAUUAAAAAAUAGAAAAAUUCAGUCUUCCCUUAAUAAACUGAGGCAAAGUAGUUUACUUGUUUUAUUUGCUAAUAGCAGCCAAUAA